AUGCUGCUAAAUCUUUUUACAAUAAUUGGAGCUCUAAUUUUACAAAGAGUUUUAAGUGAAGAAACAAUCGAUGCUCGUUAAGAUUUAUUUUAAUUAUAAACCACUAUUAGCUUUAACCUUGGCUCUCCUUCUGUUCCACAAAAAUUGAGGGUUUAUUUAGGUACAAAGUCGUAUUCGUAAUUAGGAUAAUUUAUAAUAGAUUAAAGCUAUACUGAAAAUAAUUAAAUAUAUGCUGAUUAGAUUAAAUAUUAUAAAAUAACAUUGUACGAUAUGAAAAAAAGUACAACUGCCUAGAUUCAAGAGACUUUUGAGAAAGAAGACUAAGUGUAUGACUAAAAAAUAUAGGGAGUUUUUGUAAAUGAUAUGCUCUCCUAUAAUAAAAUAUAGUCAAAGUAUAAAUUUGCUUGCGCUACAUAUGGAUAAAGCUAAUAUUUUUAUUACAACGGGGUUAUCAUUUUUAAUAGACUUGAUGAAAAUAUCUUUGAUUAAAUGUAUUAAUCAAAAUCUAUCAGAACCAGCGAUUAUAUCUUGAGUGGAUCAAAAAGUUAAAUACUAAUUGACAAUUUUCCAUUUAUUUAAAAUAAUAUUCACAUUACUUUUGACUUAGAUAAAACUAAUGAAUAUUACAAUAAUCCUUCCAAUCCUCUUGUUAGUAACUCAGAUACAUUUUAAAUUAUGAGCUAUGGAAUUUACUUAAAUCAUGAGGAUGUAACAGAUAAGUUAAAAAAUAAGAAAGUUACAUUAGAUUAAAUAACUAAUCACUCUAGUGAUAUAGACGAAACUAUUUAUCUUCCAAAUGAUCUUUUUUAGAUUAUGUAAAAUUAAUAUAAUUUACCAGAUAGCUCAUAUUUCUAAGGUUGCGCAUAAUGCUAAUGCUAAGAAGCUGCGAAUUUGCCUGAGAUUACUCUUAUAACUGAGUAAUACAAAAUUAUCAUCAAACCUAGCUAAUACAUUAAGAGUGAUUAAUACGAUUGUUUAAUUUAUUUAAGUGCAGCAGAUAGUUUCGUAAUUUCUUCUUCAUUACUACUUCAUACAGAGAGUAAGAUUAUGUAUUAGAAAUAAUCUAACUCUAUUAAAAUAAUCAAUGGAUAAUUAAUUAACCAUUUGAACAUUGAUUGCAUCAUGGCCAUAUUUUCUACCUUUACUGGAAUUAUCACAGCCAGCCUUUCAUAUAUUAUUUUAAUAUAGCUACUUAAUCUCAAAUUAUAUAAAUAAGAAGAAGAAAAGUAAAGAUAACAACUAACUAUUAUUAAAUUGAAAAAUAUGAUUUGA